AUGACAUUCCUAUUAAAUUUUAAAAUUAAAAGCCAUGACAAAAUAAAUGAAAAAAUUCAAUGUAAUAAAAAUCAACAACAACAGCAACAACAACAACAACAACAACAAUACCCAACCCAUAUAAAUAUUUAUAAUACAAUUAAAAAUGAAAAUAUUAAUAGCAAUAAUAAUAUAAUUGGUAACGAAAAGAGAUAUGUAACAAAUGAAUUAUCAAAUUCCAAACAAAUGAAUUCACCACUUAAAAGAUCAUCUUCAAAAAAUAUAGUUCAACAAAAACAAAAGAAAUUUUUAGAAAAAAAAAAUAGUGAAGAAUUAUUUUUAAUAUUCACAAUUGACGAUUUAUAA